AUAACACCAAACGUUACUUAUACAACAUAUAAGGACAUGGUUCAUCAAUUCCACUGGCUGCAAAAUGGAGGAUAUUACAAGCCUGCUUAUUCGUGUUUCCCCAAUCAAAAAGUUGCCAUAAUAAUUCCAUUCCGAAAUAGGGAAUAUCAUUUGAGAAUUUUGUUGAACAAUCUACAUCCAAUGCUAUAUCAUCAGCAGAUUGAGUAUUCAGUGUUUGUACUGCAGCAGGCUGACAAGAAAGGAUUCAACAAAGGGAAGCUGUGCAAUAUUGGAUAUACCCAAGCAAUAAAACGAAACCAUACUUGCUUUGUAUUUCACGACGUUGAUCUUAUUCCAGAAAACGACAAAAUUUUAUAUGGAUGUGCUCAAAGCCCUAUGCAUCUUUCAAGGGCAAUAGACAAAUUCGGUUACAGACUACCAGAUAACAAAUUAAUUGGAGGUGUCUCUGUUUGGAGAAGAAAAGAAUUCGAAAUAGUUAAUGGCUGGUCAAAUUUGUUCACUAACUGGGGAGGAGAAGAUGACGACAUGAGUUACAGAAUCAUGGCCAAUGGACUUUCAAUUUAUCGUUUCAAGAAUUCUGUGGCAAGAUACAAAAUGCUCUCACAUAAACAAGAAACUGUUAACACUAAAAGGUAUACCCUUCUUGAAGACAGUCAUCUCCGUUACAAAAAAGAUGGGUUGUCAUCGUUGAGCUACACAGAUCUUAAUACAACCGAAUAUAGCUUAUUUACGAAAGUGUCUGUUAUUUUUUGA